AUGUUUAGUGGAAAAUUAAGUAAUAGGAAAUUUAGUAAAGAACCUAGAAGAUGGAACUAUAAUAGUAAGUUAAAUAGGUAUCCUAUUCAAGAAAUAAAUUAUAGACAAUUAAAUGAACAUAAAUGGUCUAUAAAUAGGAAUUCCACUGUUGACAAUUCAGAUGAAGAGGAAACUGUAUGCUCUAUUAUCUCAAAAUAUUUGGAUAGUGAUAUAUUAUGGGACAAGUAUUCCGAAUAUUCAUUAAAUCUAAAGGAUAAAAAUCACAAAUUUGUGAGAAUGCGCUACUUUGAUUAUAUGAAAUCUUAUUGUAUUACUAAGAGGAUUCCAAUGAAUCUAAUUAUUCAGCAAAAAAAAUUUCUAACUGUUGAUAAAAGAAAAAUAUGCAGUUUUUGCGUCGAUGUUCAUUAUGGAACUCAUUGCAAUAAAAGUCGUUGCUAUAUUUGUACAAGUAAGUAUCAUAGUUCUAAUAACUGCCCCUGGAAUAGAGGAGAUAACAAAAAUAAUAUAAGUUGUAGACAUUGCAAAGGUAGAUGUUAUAAUCUGAGCGUUUAUUCAUCAUAUUUAAAUGUGAAAAGGACUGUAUGCUACAAUAAUGACAAUGAAACAAAUAAGUGUAUUAAAGUAGAUUACGAAAAUAGUAUAAUUGGAUUAGCUCGUAAUUCUAUUAAAUAUAGAUUUGCAAUUUGUAGAACAUGUCUAGAACCUGGUCACUUAAUUUGUGAUACUAAUAAUAGACCAUAUGAUUGUCCCAAGAUUUCCUAUUGCCCUUUAUGUGGAGAAAAGGGUCAUACUUAUCGUUUAUGCCAAAAAAUCCAAACAUUUAUUGAUUCUGAUAAUGAAUUAAAUUUAUCUUUGUCUAAGAAUGAUAUUUCUAUAUGUAGUGAAAAUUCUGAUACAAGUAUAAAUGAAGAUACACAUCGAAAAUCUUCAAUAUACAAUAGUGGAUCAAAUACUCUGAAUAAUACUGAGUGGAAAUUACUAGAUAAUAAUACUAUUGAACAUGAAAAAACUUACGAAAACAAAGCUAAUGCAAUAAUAAUUAAAGAGAAUGAAAUACAGGUAGAUAAACCACAAACAAAUGAAAAUAAUAUUCAAAAUAAAGGUAGACAUUAUGUAGGCAAGAAUAUAUUGUUCAUAUCUAAUAAUGAGGAUAGUAUCCUACUUCAAAAUACAAAAGAAAGGAGUACAAAUAGAAAUUCAAAGGAUAUUUAUCAUAGAAAAAAAAGUUCAUUUCUGAAGUUAAAUAAGAACCUGAGAAUAAAGAACAGAAGACAUUUUAACAAAAAUACUAAAGGUAUUAAGAGACGAUUGUCUAGACAUAAAGCACGUAAGCCUUGA